UUGACAGUUGGCGCCAAAACACGCCGUCUUUCUGCAUUGCAUUUGCUUGCAAAAACUUAUUUUACCUUACAUUGAAACACGAAAUUAACACUUAACAAGCAUUUCCUCAUUUCCGAGAUUCAAUUGCAGCCGCGAAUCCAAACAAAUUACAACUACCACUCAUUUUAUCUCAAAUAAAUUUGAUUCAUCAGUGUUUUAUAUCGACGUUAUUUUGUAACUACUGUUCAAAAUGUUUGAAGCACGCCUCCUCUCAGCGAUUACACUGAAGAAAGUCCUUGACGCUAUCAAGGAUCUGUUGAAUGAAGGAACAUUUGAAUGCAGUGACUCUGGAAUCCAACUACAAGCUAUGGACAAUUCGCACGUUUCCUUGGUUUCGCUAAGUCUUCGAUCAGAUGGUUUCGAUAAAUACCGCUGUGAUCGAAACAUCUCAAUGGGAAUGAACCUCGGGAGUAUGGCAAAGAUUCUUAAAUGCGCCAACAAUGAGGAUAAUGUUACGGUGAAAGCCCAGGACAACGCCGACACAGUAACCUUUAUGUUUGAAUCACAGAACCAGGAGAAAGUGUCAGAUUACGAAAUGAAACUCAUGAAUCUUGACCAAGAGCACUUAGGAAUCCCCGAAACAGAAUACAGUUGCGUCGUGAGAAUGCCGGCUAUGGAAUUCGCUCGUAUCUGCAGAGAUUUGGCUCAAUUCGGCGAGUCUGUGGUCAUAUGCUGUACCAAAGAAGGCGUCAAAUUCUCAGCCUCCGGAGACGUUGGUUCGGCCAAUGUGAAAUUGGCACAAACGUCAAAUGUUGACAAAGAAGAGGACGCCGUCACAAUUGAAAUGCAGGAGCCCGUGACUCUUACAUUCGCCUGCCGCUAUCUUAACGCAUUCACAAAGGCAACACCAUUGUCCAACCAGGUGCAGUUGUCGAUGUCGGCAGAUGUUCCUCUUGUCGUAGAAUAUCGUAUUCCCGAUUUAGGACAUAUCCGUUAUUAUCUGGCUCCAAAGAUCGAGGACGAUGAGAGUUAAGCAGGGUGGAAGUUCGAAACUUACCAUCUUUUCGCUGUUAUUUCCAUGUUUAUUUAGAUUUACACAACUCAUAAGUUCUAAUUAUUUUUGAUAUCUCUGUAUCUGGCAUUUUUCACGGAACAAAACCUGAACUUCGCUAUGACACAAUUAUACAAUAUAAUAAAAGAUAAGGUAAUAUGCCUUGGUCUAAA